UUCUUGGCUCCACCAAUGGAAAAUCAAUCCCCUUCCUCAGUGUAAUGCCAAACUUGAAAUUUGGUAGUAAUAAUAAUAUCUAGAGUUCAGACCAAGUCGAAUAUUUCCAAACUCAUGUACCAGUUUCUCCAUGGAGCCCCCAACUCCAACACUGGUUGUGCCAAUAGACCUGAAGAAGAAGCCUUGGGAACAGAAACUUCCUCUCCAUAACAGAUGGCACCCUUACAUACCGCCCGUGGCGACUGUUAACACAGAUGAAGUCUUUAGAGUAGAGAUGGUGGAUUGGACUGGAGGUGCUAUCAAAGAUGAUAAUUCAGCACUAGAUUUAAAACUCCUGGACCUCUCAACUGUCCAUUAUCUUAGUGGGCCAAUCAGAAUUGUUGACAAUGAUGGCAUUCCAGCCAAGCCUGGUGAUCUGCUUGCUGUUGAAAUAUGCAACUUGGGUCCUCUCCCUGGAGAUGAAUGGGGUUUUACAGGGACAUUUGACAGAGAAAAUGGUGGUGGUUUCUUGACAGACCAUUUUUCAUGUGCCACUAAAGCUCUCUGGUACUUUGAGGGGAUAUAUGCUCAUUCACCUCAGAUACCAGGAGUGAGAUUUCCAGGUUUAACACACCCGGGGAUAAUUGGAACCGCACCAUCAAUGGAGCUACUUCACAUAUGGAAUGAAAGGGAGAGAGAUGUUGAAGAGAAUGGUGUUCAUUCCUUCAAACUAUGUGAGGUCUUGCAUUCACGACCCUUGGCAAGCUUACCAACAACCAAUAGUUGUCUCCUUGGAAAGAUUCAAAAAGGUAGUCCUGAGUGGGAGAAGAUUGCAAUGGAAGCUGCAAGAACAAUACCAGGAAGAGAAAAUGGUGGAAACUGUGACAUAAAAAAUCUCAGCAGAGGCUCAAAGGUAUACCUUCCAGUUUUUGUUGAAGGAGCAAAUCUCAGCACUGGUGACAUGCACUUUUCUCAGGGUGAUGGCGAGGUCUCAUUUUGUGGUGCAAUAGAGAUGAGUGGUUUCCUAGAGCUCAAGUGUGAAAUUAUAAGGGGUGGAAUGAAAGAGUAUCUAACACCAAUGGGACCAACUCCUCUUCAUGUCAACCCAAUAUUUGAGAUAGGCCCUGUUGAACCAAGAUUCUCAGAGUGGUUGGUGUUUGAAGGCAUCAGUGUUGAUGAAAGAGGGAGGCAACACUUCCUAGAUGCCAGUGUUGCAUACAAGAGAGCAGUACUAAAUGCCAUUGACUACAUAUCCAAGUUUGGAUACUCAAAAGAACAGGUGUAUCUUCUGCUGUCUUGCAUCCCUUGUGAAGGAAGAAUAUCUUCAAUAGUUGAUGCCCCCAAUGCUGUGGCAACCUUGGCAAUCCCAACAGCUAUAUUUGACCAGGAUAUCCGUCCCAAACAGAACAAGGUACCAAUUGGACCACGCCUUGUAAGAAAACCAGAUGUCUUCAAAUGCACUUAUGAUGGGAACUUGCCUAUUACAAAGAAUCCUAGUGCUACAUAAUGAAUCAUAUUCACAUGCUUCUGUAACAUAUCCCUCAAGUUAUACAUUUUAUGCCAUAAAAAUAAAGUUUGAACUAUAUGGAGAUCUGUAUCAUAUGCUCCUGUUUCCUGGACAAUGGCUGGAAUAAUUCAGUAAUUUACUAUGCCAUGGUUGGGUUAGCUUAUUUUCAAUUUAAAAGAACUUGUAAUUAGAAUUUCAAUAUGAAACUUUUAAUGCAAUUAUAAUCUGUUCAUGUUGUGUUUGAGAUCAAAA